ACGGAAGCGCGGAGGGGUUUGUAUGGUGGCCGGGCCUGGCUGUUUAGCGGUGGUACGGUCCUGAAUGGAGGAAGUGUUUUCCUGCGGGGUAAACAGUGACAGCUAUAGGGCAGACUCCCUCAGCCCCCUAAAAACAAAUCGAAAAUGGAUUCAGACAGUAAACUGGUCGCCCAGCUGAAUUCUGAACUCUACUUCCUAAUCGCCCGCUUUCUACAGUCUGGACCGUGCCAGAACGCAGCAGAGACGUUGAUCCGGGAGGUGGAGGAGAAGGAGCUACUGCCCACACGACGGGACUGGACGGGGAAGGAGCACCCAGGGAGAUACGAAGAUUUGGUGAAGCUGUAUGGCCACAUCAGUCCGGACCACCUGCUGCAGGUGUGCCAGAGGGUGUGUCCUCUUCUGGAGAAGGAGGUUCCUGCCAGCGUCCCCGGGGUCCACAGUCUGCUGGGGGCGGGGCGACAGAGCCUGCUACGCACCAAUAAGAGUCAGUACUGUAAUCACAUGACAUGUUAGCCUGCUACGCACCAAUAAGAGUCAGUACUGUAAUCACAUGACAUGUUAGCCUGCUACUCACCAAUAAGAGUCAGUACUGUAAUCACAUGACAUGUUAGCCUGCUACGCACCAAUAAGAGUCAGUACUGUAAUCACAUGACAUGUUAGCCUGCUACUCACCAAUAAGAGUCAGUAUUGUAAUCACAUGACA